AUGGCCAUCAUUACCCCCCGAACCAAGCUUUUGGUCGGAAUCGACUACGGAACGACAUAUUCUGGGAUAUGUUUUGCACUUUCAAAUGCCUCUGAUUUCAAAGAUAUAAAUACCUGGACCAAAUACCCCGGCGCCGCCUCGCAUAGCGCCGAACAUACUAUCAAAACCCCGACAAGAGUUGCCUUCCCAGAGGAAAAUGACGACCUCGAUAGGACAGCAUGGGGCUACGAAGUCGAAGCAGGCAUGAAAUCGUAUUCUUGGACAAAACUGCUUCUGGACGAUACUCUGCCUUCCGAGUUUGAUGCCACAGAUACGUAUUCUACCAUAAAUCCUGAGAUUAUGCGUCUCCCCAACAAUAUGUCGGCAAAGGAUGUUGCUAGGGAGUAUCUUACGGGAAUGAGAAAGAUGUUUGACAAGAAUAUCAAUCAGUUUAUCGGCGCUCAUAAACUGGAUGAUCUUCCAAUGGAAUUCUGGAUAACAGUCCCCGCCUCGUGGAACGAAAAGGCGAAACUUCUUACAAAGAGCGCGGCCAUGGAAGCAGGGUUUGGCAGGAGGGAAAUUGACAGUAUCAAACUCAUCCCAGAGCCAGAAGCGGCAGCACACAUGGCAUUGAAGACCAGCAUCCAUCGGUUCGAAGGCUUUGUCAAGCCCAAGACAGGUGUAUUAGUGUGCGAUUGCGGCGGCGGUACUGUGGACAUUACGACCUAUGAGAUUGAGAGGACGGAACCGACACUCACUCUCCGAGAAAUAGUUGUUGGUGCAGCCGGCAAAUGCGGCGGCACAUAUGUCGAUCGAAACCUUUUGAAACUCCUCUCCGAACGAUUCGGCGAAGCAUUUACAAGCCUCCCACCCGAAGAAAUCGGACCAGGCAGCAACUUCAUGGACUCAUUCGAAAGCAAAAAGAAAGACUUUAAGCUGAAGAAUCUGGCUACUCGGCGAGAUGCCAGAGUUCAGCUGUUCAUGCCGCGAUUGAAGAAGACGCCCGAUCUCGAGCGCUACUACGAGAGAAGAUCACACUCGGUUCUUUUGAGCAAGGCUGAUUUCCAAACUAUUUUCGAUCCAGUGGUUGACAAGAUGAUUAAACUCUUGGAGGACCAGAUUAAUCAGAUUAAGAAGAUGGACGAACGACCUAUUGAGACUAUUAUCCUUGUUGGUGGAUUUGGGUCCUCGCCGUACUUGAACGAGAGAUUGACCGACUGGUGUGAGCCAAGAGGAAUUCGUCUUACAGUCCCUGCGACCGGCGCUUGGUCUGCUGUCGUCUGCGGCGCCGUACUGCGUGGAUUAGAAGGCUCCAUCGUCAGAGAAAAGAAAUGCCGAAAACACUACGGCCACGCGCUCGCCAAAGGCACCCUCAUUGAUUCGAAAACCGAAAUCAACUCAGAGUUUGUCAACAGUUACAGAGGUCCCAUUAUUAAAUCUGGAGAGCAUUUUCUUUACUCGUGCGGUUUAGACGCUGCGCCAGGUACCAUCGAUGAUAAUCGCGUCGAGACGAUCGGGAGAAUUCUGUACACUCUGCAUGACAUGGAUUGGUCCCAAGUCCCCAACGUCAAGCGGCUUAUAGAAGAGAAUGGGGAGACAUGUACUGAGAUUCCUCUGGUUCUCAACAUUCGCCUGGAUGAUGAGGUGGGCCAUUUGGUGUUUCGCAUCCUGUGUAACGGAAGGGAGGCUGGUAAAGCAAGACUGGACUUGGAUUAUUAG